AUGGAUGCUGCUGCGGCCAUCUCGCUCGCUGUUGAGGCCUCCACAACCUUGAUCGCUGCAACCUCUCGUCCACAAGCAUCACCCACACCCGAUCGACAUAUGCUUUACUAUCACGGUGCCACAGUGACUGGACUGGGGGAUGGGAAAAAUGAAGACGGUGGUGAAUGCAAACUGCUUGGAUCCUUCUCUAUAAUCGUUCAAACCGCCCUUGGACUAUUGGCACUGUUAUCGCUAGUGUUUAAGAGAUGGAGAGAGCGACCUCAACGUCCAGUCAAAGUUUGGGCUUUCGAUGCCUCAAAACAGGUAUUUGGGUCGGCGAUGCUCCAUUUGGCAAACCUCUUUAUGUCAAUGUUCUCGGCCGGUCAGCUUGAGAUUAGGAUGGAUUUCAAGCCGAAUCCGUGCUCAUUCUACUUGUUGAAUCUCGGGAUCGAUACUACAUUAGGAAUCCCCAUCUUAAUCGUCGCGCUCCGAAUUUUGAAUCUCCUUGCUUCAUACACCCCUCUCGCCAGGCCCCCAGAAUCGAUAGAGUCCGGUAACUAUGGCCAGCCUCCUCGUGCAUCCUGGUGGUUCAAACAAUCUAUGAUCUACUUUCUGGGUCUGCUGAAUAUGAAGAUAUGCGUGUUUUUCUUAAUUCAGGCAUUCCCCAUUAUUGUCAAGAUUGGUGACUGGGCUUUGCGGUGGACCGAAGGAAACACUGCUCUCCAAAUCACAUUUGUGAUGCUUCUUUUCCCCGUCAUCAUGAAUGCCAUCCAGUAUUACAUCAUCGACACUUUCAUCAAAAAGAAAGUGGCUUAUGACAUCUUUUCUGAUGAUGAAAAUCGGGACGAUGCUACUGAGGAAGACCCUCAACGACGACGGGGCCUGCUCGACGCAAUUGACGAGGCCUACUCUUCGGAUUCAGAUUCUGAGGAUAGACCGGUCAAAAAGUCUCCUGUACCGCUACCUCAACAAAAGGAUGCGUUCCAGGACUCAGAUCUCACUCUGACUGAGGAUCAUUCUCCGGUUCCGCCUUAUGAGCCGCCCAGUUCUGGUUCCAGUAGCAGUCGUCGUGAACACGCGCAAUCAAAGACGGUGGAGUAA